AUGUCGAAUCUUGAGGAAGCCCUCCAAGUCCAGACGGACUCCAAUGUUCUUCGUGCUCCGAAGAUCACGUCCUCAAUCAAGACCCAGUCGCUCUCGGCCCAGACCAACCCGACUUUGGACAUUGCACUCGUAAACACCACGAGUUCCUCCAACGUCUAUGCCUACAUAUCCGGGCUUGCUUUGAAUAACAACAAUGCUGUCUUCAUGUUGCAAAGUGAUGGCACCACAGUCUACUACCCUACAUCACCUGAUAACACAGGCAAGGCCCUAGCAGCCAACACAGCCAUACAGCUUGGGGCACCGGGCACUACGAGAACCAUAACAAUCCCGCAGACUGCCGGAGGCCGGAUCUGGUUUUCCCAAAACGCAACCUUGACCUUCUUGCUCAACCCGGGCCCAGCCCUGGUCGAGCCAUCUGUGACGAAUGUGAGCGAUCCGAAUUACAACAUCUACUGGGACUUCUGCGAGUUCACGUACAAUAGCUAUCAGCUAUUUAUCAACAUCACUUACGUGGACUUCGUUUGCCUGCCCAUUGCCCUUCAGCUCCAGAAUACCUCAGGCGUCGUGACCACGGUCACAGGGAUGCCGUCAAAUGGACUCGAUACCGUCUGCUCCGCGCUCACGACACAGAGUGCUGUGGACGGCGCCGGCUGGAAAUCCCUCAUUGUCCCAAGCUCAACAGGUGCGAACCUCCGUGCUCUCAGUCCAAAUUCGGGAAUCGUGAUGAACAAUUCUCUGUUCAACGGCUAUUUCCAGCCCUACGUCAACCAAGUCUGGACCAAAUACACCGCAACCCCUCUCCAGGUGGACACCCAGGCCAGCUACGGUGUCGUCUCGGGCCAGGUGGACUCGUCAUCGAAUCUCACAUUUGGCGACGCUGGAUCCUUCCCCCAGCCAUCGGCGGCCGACAUAUUCAGUUGCUCCACCGGCGCGUUCGCCGUGCCCACAGCCGAGAUGGCCAAUAUCGCCGCUCGUCUUGCAGCCGCGUUCAACCGCUCCACCCUGCUGAUCAACAGCGACCAGCCCGACAAUGAGGUCGUAUCUACCUAUUACACCAACGCCAUAACUAAUCACUAUGCCCGCAUUGUCCACGCAACCAAUACCGACCGUAAGGGGUACGCCUUCCCCUACGACGACGUGGGGCCCAGCAACGGCGCCGACCAGAGUGGUAGCCUAUUCGACUCCAAUCCGCAGCUGCUGACCGUCACCAUCGGCGGCCUCACGUCCACCUCCUCGGCAACUGUGAGCACGAAGGACCAGGCCGUGAGCCAGGCCCAGUUGCCUGCGGGGCGGAAGAGCGACCCCGGCCUCGUCGAGCUCCGGGCCGACGACGACAACGAGCAGCACGCGAUUGCUCAAUCGGAGCCAGCACGCAGCCACAGCAACAAGGACGGCGACAAUGAUGAUGAUGUCUCCGAGGGCGUGAAUCUGGGUGAGAGUGUUGAUUCCUGA